GUAUGGGGCAAAAGUUUGAGUGGCUACCCGAUAGCUCCGCUUUCUCUCAUAUUUCACAGGGAACGCCAAUGCCGUCUGCCUCAUCAAUGCUCCAUCUCCUCUCUCUCUGUUUUACUUUCCUUUCUUUUUACUUCUAUGUGGCUCUCUCUUCAUAUCUCUCCUGCAUGUGAAUCAUUUGUUUUUUUCCUCAGCUAAUUAAUAUAAUUAUAGAUAUACGAUCAUCUCAUUCCGUAUAAUUUGCCUGGGUUUCAGAUUCCUCCAUCGUCUUUGAGCUGCAGAGUUUGAGACUGCUGUCGCUAAUUGUGUGUUUUCUUUGUUUUGUGUGUUGAGAGUAAUGGAGAAGAAGAAGUAUCCUAUUGGGCCGGAGUUUUACAUUCUGAAUGAGGAGGUUGGGCAAGGUGUAAGUGCUGCGGUUCAUCGGGCGUUGUGUAUUCCCUUUGAUGAGAUUGUUGCAAUCAAGAUUCUUGAUUUUGAACGUUAUAACUGUGAUCUGAAUAACAUUUCUCGUGAAGUGCAAAUAAUGAUCUUGAUUGAGCAUCCAAAUGUUGUCAAAUCACAUUGCUCCUUUGUUAACGACCAUAACCUUUGGGUUGUUAUGCCAUUCAUGGCUGGAGGUUCUUGUCUUCACAUAUUGAAAGCUGUUUAUCCAGAUGGUUUUGAAGAAGUGGUGAUUGCAACAAUACUACGUGAGGUGCUGAAGGGCUUAGAGUAUCUUCAUCAUCAUGGGCACAUACAUCGAGAUGUUAAAGCGGGAAAUAUUCUCAUGGAUUCACGCGGUGCUAUUAAGUUGGGAGAUUUUGGUGUUUCUGCUUGCAUGUUUGAUUCAGGUGAUAGACAACGCAUGAGGAAUACAUUUGUGGGGACGCCUUGUUGGAUGGCACCUGAGGUCAUGGAGCAGCUACAUGGAUAUGACUUCAAAGCUGAUAUUUGGUCAUUUGGGAUAACUGCAUUAGAGCUUGCUCAUGGGCAUGCUCCAUUCUCAAAAUAUCCACCAAUGAAGGUAUUACUUAUGACUUUGCAAAAUGCACCACCUGGCCUAGAUUAUGAAAGAGACAAAAAAUUCUCUAAGUCUUUUAAGCAGAUGAUAGCUAGUUGCUUGGUAAAAGAUCCUUCAAAAAGACCAUCUGCAAAAAAGUUGUUAAAACAUUCUUUUUUUAAGCAAGCUAGGUCAAGUGACUAUAUAUCAAGAACACUUUUGGAGGGAUUACCUUCCCUUGGUGAUCGUAUUAAGGAAUUGAAGAGAAAAGAAGAGGAUAUGCUUGCACAAAAGAAGAUGCCGGAUGGGCAGAAGGAGGAAAUAUCUCAGAAUGAAUACAAGCGAGGAAUCAGUGGUUGGAACUUCAAUCUCGAAGAUAUGAAGGCUCAAGCUUCUCUGAUACAAGACGUUGAGUACUCUUUGGCUGAUAAUAAUCUGGGAGGAAGCUCAAGUUCCUUUGUUGCACUUGAUUCACUUGAGAAGCAAUUAGACCCUCGACACUCUUCCUUAGGACAAAUUGCAGAGAUGGAUGAUAAUAAUCCGAUACAAAAUCAAUCCACUCAUCUUCCAUUAUUCAACUCAUCUAUAAAUAUUGCAAGAACUAGAAGUGAAAAAUCUGACGAUGAAUUUAGUAUAACAAGUCCACGUCAUGAACAAUAUGUUUCACAUAUUUCAUCACCACUUGAUGAUAGUGUGGAAAACAAUGCAUCUAUUUUUGAGAUCAAUGGAAAAUCAAUGGAAGACACAGCUUCUCAACAAAAAACAGGAGGUUCAUUGGGUCGCUCCAAUUUACCAGAAAAUUUAAUACCUUCUAAUAAAGGAGAAAGAAUUUCCAGUGAUAAGUUGUUGAAUCAACCACAAAAUAAUUCAAGUCUAGAAGGCGAAGAUGUACUUUAUGAAAUUCCUCCUAAACCAUCUAAAUUAUCAGCUCCAAACAAUGAUGAACUUGAUGAGAAAGCAAAACCACCAGUUGUUCAGCAAAAGGGACGUUUCAAAGUGACUUCAGAGAAUGUGGGUAUAGAAAAGGUGGGUCCAAUUCCAAUAUUGCACAAGAGUCAUAGCAUGCAGGUUUUGGACCAAACCAUGACUGGGUCUAAUGUCCAGGUGCUUCAUCAACAUUCUAUAGUGUCUGUACCACCAACAUCUGAUGCAACACCAUCAACUUUUUCUGGUCAUUUUCUAUUUCCAAUGUUGAAUUCUAUUUUGCAAACAAAUAUUCUUCAAAGGGAUACUAUCCUUAAUCUAAUGAAGCAAGUUUCUGAGAGUUCAGCCAAUCGGGCAAUUGAUGGAGGAUCCACACCGAUACACAUAAAUUCUAUAGAGAGAUCUUUGCUAGAAGCAUCUCAUGAUAGGGAGAAAGAGUUGCUUCAUGAUAUAACCGAGUUGCAGUGGAGGCUUAUACGUGUUCAAGAUGAACUCCAAAAAAAUAGAACAGAAAAUGCUCAGGUAUGAUUUUCGUGUUGAACUCGUAGCCUGAUGAAAUACAAUUUACACAAAUAGAAUUAGAAAGAGCAAAGAAAAUAGAGGCUGAUCAAGAGGCACAUGAUUAAAUAUUGAUAGCUCAUUGUUCUUUGUAGCAUAUGUAUAGAUUUGGUUUAUUAUGCUUUAGGCAUAAGAAGAAUCAAAACUUAUAGUUAUUGUCCAAUUCUGACUUACCAAAGAUAAUAUUAUAAAUUGUAAAUGUCUGAUAUCCAUUCUUCUCCAAGACAACUUGGUUGCUGUAAAUAUAUCUUGAUUUUUAAUAGUAGUACUCAUAUUCUAUA